AGUUUGGAAACGCAGAUUUGAAGAUUGGGUGGAGUCUUGACGAUGAUUUCAUUGUAUCUGGUGGUACUGCUAGUUCCAGUGUAUGGGGGGAGACACGCGCGCUCCUCAGUGGAAGAGAUUCAUUUCCAGCGUUGCCACCAUGCUGUACGGGACACACCCCAUAUGUGUAAUGAAUACGCUAACAUCACCCCACUUAACAGACAAAAGAGAGCUUUAGACAAGACAGAGUUCCCUGAUUUAGCGGCUGAAUGUAUGACUGUUACUUGGACUGAGGCUGGGAAGACAAACAACUGGGGGAGUUGCAUGGAGAUGGAUACAGAUAAAGAAUUCAGGUACAUUCACUCGAAUUCUGUCCCUGAUUUCUACUACAACCCCUACUGUCCUUUGGGACUAGGAAACGGGUACUGCACCCCAGAGGAAAUAGAAUUGGAGCGAUGCUAUUUCCCAGAGGACAUCUUCAAGUGUGGAGGUGAUAACGGGCCAGGCUCUACAGAUUAUGGUGAUGUGUGGGUCCCUAGUGAAGCUUGGUACAAAAUACCUCUGAAAGGCAACCCUACCCGCUCUGAUAGACCAAGAGACAUGUAUGAUGCUGAAACUGUUGGAGCAGCUAAGUCAGAUGGAGCUGUACUGGGCGUGGCUACUAAUGGCAUCGGUAUCAGAGGAUCUGCCACUUUUGGGGGCAUCAGUAUCGACGAAGCAAAGUUCCAGUUAAUCUGUGGUGGGCACGUUACUCCACCGCUUAGUCAGUUGGACAUGAGCAACAUGCCAGAUGGGGCACCACCUGGUUCCACUCCAAUCUAUCACUUCCACAAGGCACCGGACUGUCUGAAUGCCUUCACAGAGGAUCACAAAGGGAUCUCCAGGGGUGCAACCCCCCACAAACACGGCCGUUUAACCGGCUGGGCACUGGACGGGUUUGGUAUUUACACAUUCCAGGAUGUUGGAGGCAAGGCACCUGUUGUGGACGAGUGUGGUGGUCACUUUGGUCCGGUUAGUGAUGACUCAGACGAGGUGGUUUAUCACUACCACACCCGACCCUACGUCCCCUACACUCUAGCCUGUCAAGGACCUGCACUAGGGAAGUGUGACGAGACACAGACGAAUACCACCAACUUCUGCAACUAUGGUUGUGGAGCUGAGGUGUGUGUCCAGCCAGGCACUAAGGAGGAGGCACUCAGGAAAUACCUCAAAACAUGGGAUGAGGACUGGUUGGACAAGUACACUGUGAAUGACUAUUCUGGAGCAUCACAAUUAUAUCACAACUAUAUCACUAAUAUUGUUAUAGCUGGACAUCUUUUAGGAUUGAUUUAUUGAACUGCCUCAAUUAUUUCUUAAAUAAGUUCUUAUUGAAGCUUUCAAAGGUAUUGGAAGAGUGACAUAAUGUAUAGCAUGAGCAGUGUGUUUUUGCUAAUUAGAUCGAAAGUUCAUAACGUUAUCUUUUACCAUAUAAGGUCAGGCUUAAAUAUUUGCUUGAAUAUACCCUUUUUGGGUUAUGUUUUUAUUUUCGAUGCAUAUUAUAGACAAUAGAUUUUAUUUAUUACACUGUAAUUUUAAUAACUCUUUCGCAAACAAUAUUAUUUUAGCACGAAAGGUAUCUCAAUAAUGAUUCGAUUUUUUAUUAUAUACUCUUAUUAGUAAUUAUUGGUUAAUUUUGUCUU